CAAAAGCACUGGGAUUAUACAGCUGUACAAUCCGCAAUAUGGGCUUAUUAAGACUAGCUGUGUUACUGGUUGGCGUUUCUCUUGCACGGGGUCAAGUACCCAUCCCGAAGCGGCCCCUGGGAUACGUCUAUAAAGGCGUGGCUCCUACGGCCCCAGUCAAUAUUGAAUUCUUCCUUGACUUGAUCUGUCCGGACAGUAAAGCUGCCUUCCCUGUGUUAAAGGCUGUAGGUGACCAUUAUGGAGGUUCUGUACGGAUUGCCGCCAUUCCCUUCCCACUGCCUUACCACAGAAACGCCUUCCUGGCAGCCAAGGGCAUUCACGUAGUCAACAAUCUCACAAAUGGAGACAUGGAUAAAGUGUAUCUGUGGAUGGCGAACGUGUUCCAGUAUCAGGCAAAGUUCGGCGAGGCACUGAACUAUAACCUUCCCGAGAAUGAUACUGUAGGACAAUUUUCAGCCAUUGCCACUACAAUGGGUCUGUCCGGCGCGACCUUUGAAGAUCUUCUAACCAAUAACUCAGACUUGGAUUUCAACACCAGGAUUGAAUGGAAAUACGCCUGCACACGAGGUGUUGCAGGGACGCCUUGGUUCACGAUAAACGGAGUUCCGGUGCCCGCAGACGCGAGUUGGAGCGUCAGCGAUUGGAUAAAAGUCAUUGACCCACUCCUCGCCCAAAAACACUACACACACAAGAGAUCAGCUGGGGAUGGCUGUACGAAGCGCUGUGAGUUUCUACCGGGGAAGGUAGAGUGCUGUACGCCUGGAGAGAACUGUAUACCCAACGUUGGUUGUCGUUGUUGA